CUCACUCAUCGAUAUUUCCGUUUUCUCCCCCCAUUGGCCAAUUCGGCCACCCUUCUUCUUCUCCUUCUUCCUCCUCUCCACCCUCCGGUUCGUGCAGUUACCCCAACCGUUCCCUAUUACAGUCUCUCAAGUUCGCUUCACUCACACAAGCAAAACCUUCACCAAACGCAUUCAUCUCAAUUCGUUUCCUCUCUCAUCAAUCAAUCCAUUUCACGGUUCGAGAGAUCGGAGAGGGGAAGAAGUUAUGGCGCACAGGGUGGACCAUGAGUAUGACUAUCUCUUCAAGAUCGUCUUGAUCGGAGACUCUGGUGUCGGCAAAUCCAAUAUCCUCUCCAGGUUUACUCGGAACGAGUUCUGCUUGGAGUCCAAAUCUACUAUUGGUGUUGAAUUCGCCACCAGGACUCUUCAGGUAGAGGGAAAGACUGUUAAGGCACAGAUCUGGGAUACAGCAGGUCAAGAGCGAUAUCGCGCCAUUACCAGUGCUUAUUACAGAGGAGCUGUUGGUGCUCUCCUUGUAUAUGACAUAACUAAGAGGCAAACCUUUGACAAUGUCCAGAGGUGGCUGCGUGAAUUGAGGGACCAUGCGGAUUCUAACAUAGUUAUCAUGAUGGCUGGAAAUAAAUCUGAUUUGAACCAUCUUAGAGCUGUUUCGGAGGAUGACGGAGGAGCGUUGGCAGAGAAGGAAGGUCUCUCAUUUCUUGAGACAUCUGCACUGGAAGCAACCAACAUUGAGAAGGCAUUCCAAACCAUAUUGACAGAAAUCUACCAUAUUGUUAGCAAAAAAGCACUUGCUGCUCAGGAAGCAACUGCUGGUGCCUCAGUUCCUGGUCAAGGAACCACUAUCAAUGUUGCUGAUACUUCUGGGAACACAAAGAAAGGUUGCUGUUCCACUUGAUGUGACAUUUUGUGGAAAAACCGUUGCUAGCGGAUAGUAUUUUUUUACCCCCCAAUUCUGUUUUACCCCUUUCUCUUAUUUUUGUUCUUAAUGGGUGAGAGAGAAACUUGUAGAGUACAUUUACUUCUUUGAGUUGCAAUGAGGAAGCUUGUGAAAUUUUAAAAACCAGAAGUGUUUAGUUUCUUUCUUUCGUAUUAUGAUAAUUUUAAUUUCUCGUGAAUUGAUGUAAUAUUGGCACUGACGGAUAUUUGUUAUAUAGCGUGGUUAAUGGGAAUCUGACAUUUCAGAGAGGUCAUGUUAUACUUU